GAGAAUCCGUGUGGACCACAGCUUGCUGCUGCAGCGGCUCGAACACACACACACACUGGCCGGGCACACACAUACACACGCUCACACAUCAUCAUUUUCUACAGCAUUAUCACACACUCACUGCCGGGGGAGGACACGGGAGCCGGGUUGCAGCCGACGGUUUGAACCACCCACUGAAGACAGACUGCGGCUGAGAUUAAAUCCUCACUGUGUGGAUCCAGACUCUCCGUUGACGGCCUUGAUUGAGUCGUUGAAUCUGGACAAAAGGUUUUCAUCCUGACAGCCAACCAUGGACAGGAACAGGAAGUGGGUGCCGGGUUUCGGAGCAGUGCUAUUGACACUCUUGAGUCACAUGACCUCGGCGCUGGAAGUGCCUCUUGAUCCUAAAGUACUGGAAGGAUUGCCCCAACCCCCCACUAUAACGCUACAGUCCCCGAAGGAUUACAUCUUUGAUCCGCGGGAGAACAUUGUCAUCCACUGUGAGGCCAAAGGGAAGCCUCAUCCCAGCUUCUCAUGGACAAGAAAUGGGACCCACUUUGAUGAAGAGAAAGACCCCAAAGUCCUGAUGAAGCCCGGCUCAGGAACUCUGGUCAUCGACAUCAGCGGGGAGAAGGCCGAGGCCUACGAGGGAACGUACCAGUGCACGGCACACAACGAGCACGGCACCGCGGUGUCCAACAGCAUCGUCAUCAGGCAGUCCAGGUCCCCCUUGUGGUCGAAGGAGAGGAAUGAGGCCAUCGUGGUGCAGAUGGGGGUCUCCCUGGUGCUGCAGUGCCGACCCCCUGCUGGGCUGCCCCCUCCGGUCAUCUUCUGGAUGGAUAACAACUUCCAGAGGCUCCAACUGGAUAAGCGUGUGUCCCAGGCUCUGAAUGGAGACUUGUACUUCUCCAACGUUCUCCCAGAAGACACCAGGAGCGACUACAUCUGCUACGCACGCUUCCCUCACACACAAACCAUCCAGCAGAAGCAGCCCAUCUCCGUCACCGUGCUGGACAACAGCCCAGAGGGGGAGCGCCGCCCCGGGUUCAUGACGCCUUUUGGUGCCACCAGCACCAAGAUGGUUCUGAGAGGAGAGACUCUGGAGCUGGAGUGCAUUGCUGACGGCCUGCCCUCUCCAGAGAUGUCCUGGCAGAAGGACGGAGGAGAGCUGCCCAGCACCAGGACGUCCUUCUAUAACUUUAAGAGAACCCUCAAGGUUUCUGAGGUGAAUGAAGCUGACGGGGGAGAUUACCGCUGCACUGCCACAAACAACCUGGGCACUGCUUACCACAUCAUUAAAGUCACCGUCAAAGCGGCUCCUUUCUGGGUCAGCGCCCCCAGGAACCUGAUCCUCGCCCCGAACGAGACCGGCAUCCUGACCUGUCGAGUCAACGGAGAACCCAAACCCAAGAUCAGCUGGUUUGUCAACGGAGUCCCCAUAGAGAACGCACCUGAUGACCACAGUAGGAAGGUGGAUGAUGACACUGUGAUUCUUAGCAAUGUGCAAUCAGGGUCCAGCGCCGUUUACCAGUGCAACGCAUCCAAUGACUUUGGUUACCUGAUGGCAAACGCUUUUGUCAACGUUCUUGCCGAGCCACCAAGGGUGCUCACUCCACCCAACCGAGUGUACCAGGUCAUCACCAACAACCCUGCGUUACUUCACUGUGCGUCCUUUGGCUCGCCAAUACCAACCAUCACAUGGUUUAAAGACAGUCAGACCAGCGUUAAGAAUGGCGACCCUUAUGUGAUCCAUGAGAACGGUACGUUGGAUAUCCAUGUGGCCCAGCCAUUAAACAGCGGGAAGUACACCUGCAUAGCCACCAACAUCCUGGGGAUCAAAGAGAACCACGUCUUCCUGGAGGUUAAAGAGCCCACCCGUAUCCUGAUGCAGCCGGAGUACAAGGUAGUACAGAGAGGAAUGAGCGCUGUGUUCGAGUGUAAAGUCAAACACGACCCCUCCCUCAUCCCCACCAUGACCUGGCUCAAGGACAAUACAGAAGUGUCUAAAGAUGAGAGGUUUCAGGUGGACGUGGACAGUCUGACUAUCACAGACGUUGAAGAUGAAGAUGAGGGCACCUACACCUGCAUCAUGAACACCACCCUGGACCAGGACUCAGCCAGUGCCAUGCUGACGGUCGUCGAGGCUACUCCUACUCCAGCUAUUGUCUACGAGAGUCCCGACGCCCCCACCGACCUGGAGCUGACGGACCAGACAGCGAGGAGCGUUCAGCUCACCUGGACGCCCGGAGACGAACACAACAGUCCCACAGAGAAGUUUCUGAUCCAGUACGAGGAUCUGCUCCACCAGCCGGGGGUGUGGAUCAACAUGACGGAUGCUUCUGGGACGAGCACCACGGCGCAGUUGAAGCUCUCUCCGUACGUCUACUACUCGUUCAGAGUGCUGGGUAUGAACCGCGUGGGCUACAGCCAGCCCAGCCAGCCCUCCAGCCAGUACAGGACCACCCCUGCAGCUCCUGAUGACAAUCCAUCAGAUGUGAGUGGAGUAGGGACACAGCCUGGGAAUUUAGUCAUAUCCUGGACGCCGCUGACCGGAUUCCAGGCUAACGGGCCCAACUUAGAGUACAGAGUUCAGUGGAGAGCGAAGGACGUGGACGAGGAUUGGAGCUCGAAGAACGUGGCCAACGUUUCCCAGUUUGUCGUGACUGGAACUCCCAUCUACGUGCCGUACGAGGUCAAGGUUCAAGCGUUGAACGAUUAUGGCACCGCCUCCGAGCCCGAGGCAGUGUUUGGAUACUCUGGAGAAGACUUGCCUCUGUCUGCUCCUGACAGUGUGCAGGUCAUGGUACACAACAGCACUCUGGCGGAAGUGCACUGGGAGCCUGUCUCCUCCCCCUCUGUCAGAGGUAAACUGCAGGGAUACAAGGUUUACUACCGGCGGGAGCGCGGCUUUCACGACACAGAGGAGGCUGCAGAGCAGAGCGAGCAGGUCCUGACGUUCAGUGGGAAUCGAAGCGAGGGACGUCUGCCGGGCCUGCAGCCCUACAGCCUCUACAACCUCACCAUCAGGGUCCUCAACAGCAAAGGAGAAGGGCCUCCGAGCCCCAGCAAGAAGUUUGAGACCCCUGAAGGAGUCCCGGGGCCUCCAUCUUUUCUGAAUGUCGUUAACCCCAGUUUGGACUCUCUCACUCUGGAAUGGGGCCCACCGAUGAACAACAAUGGACGCCUCGCUGGAUUCACACUGAAAUACCAACCAGUCAACACCACGAAGGAGCUGGGGCCGGUGAAGAGCAUGUCUUUCCCAGCCAACGAGACCAGUAUCACCCUGGGCAACCUGAACUCCAGCAUGCUCUACAAGUUCUACCUAAGCGCAAAGACAAUCAAAGGCUCUGGCCCCAUCAUCACAGAGGAGGCCUUCACUGUCAUGGACACAACUCGUACUCAGCCCACUGUAGAGACAGGCAAAGGCCCUACAGAGCCCCCUCACCCAACCUCCCCCAUCACUCAGUCUCCGCCUCCCCUGUUUCACAAGGCGCCGCCUGUCGGCCCUGCGUUCGGCAAUGUUAACACGUCUAUGUCGGAGGACGGUGCGGUGAUCAGUUGGGAUUACUUUGGACACCAUAAGAAUGUUUAUGUGGAAUAUAUUGUAGAAAACAGUAAAGACGACUGGAAAAAGGAGUUGGUAAACGGCUCCCACUGGCAUAUGAUAAAGGGGUUAAAGCCGGGGACGUCUUAUAAGGUGCGAGUGGUCGCUAGAGACCCCUCCGACCCGACGGUCCACAGCACAGACGAGGUGCUGGUGGCGGUGCCAGCUGUACCCAGUCGUCAGGUAGACAUUGCCACCCAGGGCUGGUUCAUUGGCCUGAUGUGUGCCAUCGCCCUCCUCAUCUUGGUCCUGCUCAUCGUGUGCUUCAUCAAGAGGAACAAGGGUGGCAAAUAUCCAGUGAAAGAGAAAGAAGACGCUCACCAAGACCCAGAGAUCCAGCCUAUGAAGGAGGAUGAUGGAACAUUUGGAGAGUACAGGUCUAUGGAGAGCGACACGGAGGACCACAAGCCGCUGAAGGGCAGCCGGACGCCGUCCAACGGGACGGUGCGCCGCGACGAGAGCGACGACAGCCUGGUGGACUACGGGGAGGGCGGGGACGGACAGUUCAACGAGGACGGAUCCUUCAUCGGCCAGUACAGCGGCAAGAAAGAGAAAGACACACACGAAGGGAACGAGAGUUCGGAGGCCCCGUCGCCCGUCAACGCCAUGAACUUCCUUCGUCUAACCGAGGGCCCCCGAGGCUGAGAUACACCUUGUCACCUUGGCAAAUGUGACCAUCCCUGUGGUGACAGUUGCUAAGGUGACAGUCCACGGUGGCGGGCACUCCGGUGGCUUCCUGUCACCAACACUGCUGGCACGCCCUCAUCAUCACCACCCCCCCCCCCCCUCCACCAGCCCCUGUCUGUCACACUGUGACCUCCUCCGAUCUACACACACUGAACAAGGCAAACACAUCCCCCAUGAUAAGCGUCAAAAGAAGGUGUGAAGCGAGGGAUGUGAGGACUCAGAGAGGAGGGAAGGAGAGGAGGAAGCAAUAUAGAAAAGCAGAAGGAAUGUACCAGAGACUCGGCAGAAGUGUGUGUGUGUUAGUGCCAUUUCCUUUGCAAACACGAUGUAUCCAAAUAUAUAUUUUAUCAAAGUACACUACAUUACCCGCAGGCAGGCAACGAAUCAAAACAUCUGCAUGGAGUAAAUCAUGAUUCAAUUAAGCAUUUCCACCCCCCCCCCCCCUUAUGCCGAGGUGAUCCGCUUGUUGAGACCGUAUAUGGUGCACGCCUACUAGCGACUGGGUAUUAUUGUUUUGUUUCUUCAGUCAAAGUGUUAAAUGGCGUUUAAUAUAAAGAGAAAAAACGGCGGCGUUGUCUGACAGCGCUGCGGAACAGUGUGACACUAAGUAGCUAGUCUUUUUGAGACGGAUGAACUGUUUGUAAAUAUGUAAUAGUAUAAGAAGAAAACUAUAUUUCAAAGUCAGGGUUGUCCAUUUGUAUUCAUUGGAAACCUGGCUCCAACACUUCGGUCACCAGCCAGACAACUAGAACUCCCACACUUAUUCCCGCUUUCAGCCUCAUGAUUUUCAAAGUUCGCUUGCUUUUGUUUCCUCUUCCAAUCUGUUUCUUUGCACCUAUGCUAUACUGAGCACUCGUUGAACACAAGCCGAGCUGUGAUUGGCCCAGUUUCAUGUCAAGUGCUUCCACCCCUCUAAUCUUGGUACUGUCAGAGAUACCCCAACACUUUCCCGAUAGCUUUUCCACUUCUGUAAUGGCAGAGAAAAGGACGCAGUUACAUAUGAUAAAUGCACCUGAACAGGGUUGAGUGGUGCGCACUUUGGGACGUUUAGAUUUUGAGAACCUCUCAGCACGGUUUCUAGUGCCUUCGUAGAUCCAUAGAGUUACAUCACUCUCCAUACACCGCACCGACCUGGGAUCAGUAGUGUUCUGAGGAGUCCAUGAAUACUUUGCAUACACAAUACUACCCCACUUGAAAUGCAACUUUGAAAUAAAAUGCUUAUUACAUCCACUACUCAACGAGUAAAGAAGUCCAUGUGGGCUGCAAGCUACGGUGGCCUACCAGUGCCAACGCGCUACAACGACCCAAAACACUUGCAUUAGGAGAAAUGUGCUACGGCUUCAAAAGCAAUGCACAUAUUAAAACCCAAAUAUGCCAAAACACAUGUAAAUGAAGAAACGUCUUCUGAAACUUGACAACGUUUAACAGAAUUUAGAACACGUUCACCAUCUUGAUGAAACAUGCGCAGCGUUUAUUAAAAGCGCUGCUGCAUAUACAAAACGCUUCAAGAAGCUCUAGACACAACGGAAAUGGGGACUGUUUUUAUCCAAAGCGACUUACAUACUCAAUACUGUGGACAAUCCCCACAGGAGUAAUUUGGGGUGAAGUGUCCCAGGGACACAACGACAUGCUGACUGCAGUGGGGUUUGAACCUGAUCCAAACACCAACUCACAACCCACUGCACCACACGCCUUCUCAUAAUUGUAAGUGUUUUGUCAGUAUAUUUGAAAUGACUACAUUAGCUACGUUAGCUAUCUAGCUUACAGUAAACCGACAAUAAUAUUGGAAAGGAAUCAUGAGAUCGAAUUGUUAAAAUAAGCCGAUAAAACUCAUGUUUCAGGUACGUGUCCAACAUCCGUGACAGUUUUUGAAACUUCAGUGUGUUUCUCCUAAUGGAAGUGUUUUGGGCCACCGUAGGAACUAUUUAAAAAGGGCAUAGUGGAGAAUAUCAUUAAAUAGAUUUGACCACAUAAUUCAAAUUCGAUAUUGUGACGAUAUCAUAAGCUAUUGGUGCUUUUACAAAAUAUUGACCCAAUUGGAUUCUACUUUUCUGUAAUGCAGCCUUUGAAACACUUCUGACACCAUAUUAUCUCUUACAUCUCAAUAUAAUAUUUAAAAAGUGACGGUCGUACACUGGCAUUAGUUGCAAGGAAUAAUUUUCAGCUACAGAUUAUUAUGAUCUUGUUGACAAUCAAACACCCUUAUCGUACCGCCAAAUCACACCAUGCAGCUUGGAAUUUAAGGAAAUGUCAGAAAUAAUAAAAUGAAGCAGAGUCAGAUCAUGGACACCUCAUGAGAAGUCGUCAUGUAUCCAACAUCCUCUUCAUGUCGCUCCAACAGCACUGAACUACUGCCAACACACUCACCAGGUAACUGCCAAAAAGGAAGCAGACUUCUCUUAAGAGCGGGGCGAACUGUCACUGGUAGCACUUAGAAAACGCAGGGGUGGGGGAAAUGAUGCUGAAUGUGGAAACAAGUGUAUGUGUUUAUAUGAAUGAAAAUAUUGCUUGUUACACUGCAACACACUGGUGACUGGUUCAUGCAUUUAACCGUAUAUCUGUGUAUGUCGUCACGUUCUGAGCGCAGCACUCGGUGAGUUUUUCUAUUCCUGUAAAUUAAUGUGUGAAUGCUUGAGUGCACGAAUGUGUGUGUGUGUGUGUGUGUGUGUGUGUGUGUGUGUGUGUGUGUGUGUGUGUGUGUGUGUGUGUGUGUGUGUGUGUGUGUGCGCGUGCGUGUGUGUGUGUGUGUGUAGCACAUGCAUGCUACUGUGUUAGGCGUGCGUGAUGUAUAAUAUCGCUUUUCCAUGGAUGAUGGUCUAUUAUUCUGAUGUCUACUCUCAACAAGAAAUCCAAGAGCUUUUUUUUUUUCUCCACAUUUUCACUUCUUAGGUUAAUCAUAACUUGCAUCAAGUUUUUACGAUGUGUCAGCUUUCCUCGUGUAGAUAUUUCUGUUGUAUCUUGUAAAUAACGGUUUGACUUGAGAGUGGACUAGUUGAGGUCAAAAGUGAGAGCUUGACCUCAAUCUGCCCUGUUGCAUUAUGGGUUAGGAGGGCGUUGUGUGAAACAAGACCAUUUACAGUUUUCACCCUUUCUUUUGCUGUGAAAUUUAUUUUAGUUUAUUCACUUUUAUUUGAACUUGUCAGGUGAAUUUGCAAAUGUUUAGCCUAUCAGGUAUCAAAAGGAGAUUAUUUAACUUGUGACUGAGCUCUUGUGGCACCUGUAUUGUUUCUGUCUCAGACAGUUCAUGCACCUUUUCUGUAUUUUUUAUAAAAAGGCACUCGCUUAAACAGGAUGUGACAUUUCGAACACAUCUGAGCAUCUAGUUUACGAUGCUGGAAAACUGUCGUUCCAAAUCACACAACAUCCUUUUUAAGAGUGUGCAUUUAAAAAAACAAAAAACAAAACUGUGAUAUGAGGGAGGACGUGUAUGCGGACCGGCACAUUGGAGUGUGAAUCCCCAUGGAAACAAUGUUCUAGUGACUGGUGGACAUACAGUAGGAUAUACAGUAUAUGAUAUAAUAUGACAUUCUGGUUAAUGUUGAAGCUACAUGAGAAGCAUGAAAGGCUGUCGAAAUGGUUUACUCAACAGUAUAAUAUUGCAAAAUAUUUUGUAUUUUAAAUGAACUUUAAAAAAAAUGAAAUAAAUGUUGGUUUCAGGAUUUCAAA